CUUCCUCCCAGCAGUAAGUUGCAUGUCAAUUGCACAGCUCGGAAGGGAUCUGGAGACUUGGUGCGAGCAGCGGGAACGCUCUUAAAAUAACCUCUUCCGGAAGAGGAGAUCACGGAGACAACACACCCCACUCCUCUGCGUCUCCGGUCUAGGAGCAGCCUGCGGCCAGCGGCGGACAGAGAUCGAGGCUCGGCUUUUCCCGUGCAAGAAGAUGUCUAAAAAGCGCCUGGCCCUGCUGGACUCCCGGGAGGCGCCAAUGUCACCUGCAAGCUCCCUGCAGUCUGAAGCCACCUGCCCGGUCCCUGCAGCAUGAAGGUCUGCUGGAGGAGGGAAGCCAAGCAGAGAUGUCGGUGCCUUUACUCAAAAUUGGGGUUGUCCUGAGCACCAUGGCCAUGAUCACCAACUGGAUGUCGCAGACCCUGCCCUCGCUGGUGGGCUUAAACACCACCAAGCUAACGGCGGCCAAUGCUGGCACGCUGGAUAGGAGCACCGGCGUGUUGCCGACCAACCCAGAAGAAAGCUGGCAGGUGUACAGCUCUGCCCAGGACAGCGAGGGGCGAUGCAUAUGCACGGUGGUGGCCCCCCAACAGACCAUGUGCUCACGAGACGCCAGGACAAAGCAGCUCCGGCAGCUACUAGAAAAGGUGCAGAACAUGUCCCAGUCCAUAGAGGUGCUGGACAGGAGAACCCAGAGGGACCUGCAGUACGUGGAGCGGAUGGAGAACCAGAUGAAGGGCCUGGAGUCCAAGUUUAAACAGGUGGAGGAGUCUCACAGACAGCACCAGGCGAGACAGUUCAAGGCAAUAAAAGCGAAAAUGGAGGAACUUAGGCCCCUGAUCCCAGUGUUGGAGGAGUACAAAGCCGAUGCCAAAUUGGUAUUGCAGUUUAAGGAGGAGGUCCAGAAUCUGACGUCAGUGCUAAACGAGCUUCAGGAGGAGAUUGGCGCCUAUGACUACGAGGAACUGCAGAGCAGAGUGUCAAAUCUCGAGGAGAGGCUUCGUGCGUGCAUGCAAAAAUUAGCCUGUGGGAAGCUGACGGGGAUCAGUGAUCCGGUCACCAUCAAGACGUCUGGAUCCCGCUUCGGCUCGUGGAUGACGGAUCCUCAGGCUCCAGAAGGAGAUUACAGAGUCUGGUACAUGGACGGAUACCACAAUAACAGGUUUGUAAGGGAGUACAGGUCUAUGGAGGACUUCAUGAACAGCGACAACUUUACCUCUCACCGCCUCCCCCACCCUUGGUCUGGGACCGGCCAGGUUGUAUAUAACGGAUCCAUAUAUUUCAAUAAAUUCCAAAGUCACAUCAUCAUCAGAUUUGACUUGAAGUCAGAGACAAUCCUGAAGACGCGCAGCUUGGACUCGGCUGGCUACACCAACGUCUACCACUACGCCUGGGGGGGGCAGUCGGACAUAGACAUCAUGGUGGAUGAGAACGGGUUAUGGGUGGUUUAUGCCACCAAUCAAAACGCUGGGAACAUUGUGAUCAGCAAACUGGACCCCAACACCCUCCAGAUACUGAAGACCUGGAACACGGGUUACCCCAAGAGGAGCGCCGGCGAGGCCUUCAUGAUCUGCGGGACGCUCUACGUCACCAAUGGAUAUUCUGGAGGAACCAAAGUGCACUACGCGUACCAGACCAACACCUCCAACUACGAGUACAUCGACAUCCCCUUCCAAAACAGGUACUCCCACAUCUCCAUGCUGGACUACAACCCCAAGGAUCGCGCCCUGUACGCCUGGAAUAACGGACACCAGGUCCUCUACAACGUCACCCUGUUCCACGUCAUCAGGUCCGACGAGUUGUAGCCAAAUCUGUCGCCUGUCAACAAACUGACCAAAAGAAGUGAAAAAAAAAAAAAAAAAAGGAAACAAUAUGUAGAAUAAAAAUGGCUGCCAAAACGACGCCGUCUGUCCGACCGGAUUCAAUGGUUCCCUCGAAACGUAAAAACAAAACAAAAACCUUCAGGAAGUUCCCAUUUUAAUACCACGUGAUACAAAGGAGAUGAUAAACUGCUGCACUCACUAUCCAAGGGGAAACUAAGAGACACUUUGUAUACACGGCAGUGACUGUUUGCUGGACAAUGCCCGGGAGGGGACGGUGCGGCGACUGGGCGGAACGCAGGAUUUAUCGUUACGUUAUAUUCCUAGAUUAAAGAAAGCUGACUUCAUCCAUAGAGGAGCUAUAGAGAUAUAUAUAUAUAUGCCGGGGCUGCGGCUCCACAAGUAUUCGUAGUAGAGAAGCUCUCUCCUAGGCGCAGGGGGUGGCGGUGUGUGCUGCGGCGGUAGAGUGUCCAUAUUGUUUAAUCUUACGUAUCAGAACAAUUCUCAUGUAUUCUGUCUCGUUCUCUGAAGUAUUCCGCUGUAUGUGUCUGUUCACGCGAUGAAUGUCGUUCAGUUUGAAGUAGUUUGGAUUUAUUAAGAGCAAUGAAUUUCGUUUCUGUAAAAACUAUAAAAAAAAUGAAGAAAAACUAUUUAUGACAUAUAAUAUAUACGAUGAGUGUGAGUGGGGAGGCGGUCGCCCGCUCUGGCGCCAGGGGGAGGGCGGCCGCCUCACAUCACACUCAUUCUUGGGGAGGCGAUGUGGAUUCGGGGGACGUCCCCGGAGGGGUCCAGAUCCUGCCUCCGCCUCACAUCACACUCAUUCUUGUGGAGGCGAUGUGGAUUCGGGGGACGUCCCCGGAGGGGUCCAGAUCCUGCCUCCGCCUCACAUCACACUCAUUCUUGGGGAGGCGAUGUGGAUUCUGGGGACGUCCCCGGAGGGGUCCAGAUCCUGCCUCCGCCUCACAUCACACUCAUUCUUGGGGAGGCGAUGUGGAUUCGGGGGACGUCCCCGGAGGGGUCCAGAUCCUGCCUCCGCCUCACAUCACACUCAUUCUUGGGGAGGCGAUGUGGAUUCGGGGGACGUCCCCGGAGGGGUCCAGAUCCUGCCUCCGCCUCACAUCACACUCAUUCUUGGGGAGGCGAUGUGGAUUCUGGGGACGUCCCCGGAGGGGUCCAGAUCCUGCCUCCGCCUCACAUCACACUCAUUCUUGGGGAGGCGAUGUGGAUUCGGGGGACGUCCCCGGAGGGGUCCAGAUCCUGCCUCCGCCUCACAUCACACUCAUUCUUGGGGAGGCGAUGUGGAUUCGGGGGACGUCCCCGGAGGGGUCCAGAUCCUGCCUCCGCCUCACAUCACACUCAUUCUUGGGGAGGCGAUGUGGAUUCGGGGGACGUCCCCGGAGGGGUCCAGAUCCUGCCUCCGCCUCACAUCACACUCAUUCUUGGGGAGGCGAUGUGGAUUCGGGGGACGUCCCCGGAGGGGUCCAGAUCCUGCCUCCGCCUCACAUCACACUCAUUCUUGGGGAGGCGAUGUGGAUUCUGGGGACGUCCCCGGAGGGGUCCAGAUCCUGCCUCCGCCUCACAUCACACUCAUUCUUGGGGAGGCGAUGUGGAUUCGGGGGACGUCCCCGGAGGGGGGCCAGAUCCUGCCUCCGCCUCACAUCACACUCAUUCUUGGGGAGGCGAUGUGGAUUCGGGGGACGUCCCUGGAGGGGUCCAGAUCCUGCCUCCGCCUCACAUCACACUCAUUCUUGGGGAGGCGAUGUGGAUUCGGGGGACGUCCCCGGAGGGGUCCAGAUCCUGCCUCCGCCUCACAUCACACUCAUUCUUGGGGAGGCGAUGUGGAUUCGGGGGACGUCCCCGGAGGGGGUCCAGAUCCUUCCUCCGCCUCACAUCACACUCAUUCUUGGGGAGGCGAUGUGGAUUCGGGGGACGUCCCCGGAGGGGUCCAGAUCCUUCCUCCGCCUCACAUCACAAUCAUUCUUGUGGAGGCGAUUGGGAUUUGGGGGACGUCCCCGGAGGGGUCCAGAUCCUGCCUCCGCCUCACAUCACACUCAUUCUUGGGGAGGCUAUGUGGAUUCGGGGGACGUCCCCGGAGGGGGUCUAGAUCCUUCCUCCGCCUCACAUCGCACUCAUUCUUGAGGAGGCGAUGUGGAUUCGGGGGACGUCCCCGGAGGGGGGCCAGAUCCUGCCUCCGCCUCACAUCGCACUCAUUCUUGUGGAGGCGAUGUGGAUUCGGGGGACGUCCCCGGAGGGGGGCCAGAUCCUGCCUCCGCCUCACAUCACACUCAUUCUUGGGGAGGCGAUGUGGAUUCGGGGGGACGUCCCCGGAGGGGUCCAGAUCCUGCCUCCGCCUCACAUCACACUCAUUCUUGGGGAGGCGAUGUGGAUUCGGGGGACGUCCCCGGAGGGGUCCAGAUCCUGCCUCACAUCACACUCAUUCUUGGGGAGGCGAUGUGGAUUCGGGGGACGUCCCCGGAGGGGGUCCAGAUCCUUCCUCCGCCUCACAUCACACUCAUUCUUGGGGAGGCGAUGUGGAUUCGGGGGACGUCCCCGGAGGGGGUCCAGAUCCUGCCUCCGCCUCACAUCACACUCAUUCUUGGGGAGGCGAUGUGGAUUCGGGGGACGUCCCCGGAGGGGUCCAGAUCCUGCCUCCGCCUCACAUCACACUCAUUCUUGGGGAGGCGAUGUGGAUUCGGGGGACGUCCCCGGAGGGGGGCCAGAUCCUUCCUCCGCCUCACAUCACACUCAUUCUUGUGGAGGCGAUGUGGAUUCGGGGGACGUCCCCGGAGGGGGGCCAGAUCCUUCCUCCGCCUCACAUCACAAUCAUUCUUGUGGAGGCGAUGUGGAUUUGGGGGACGUCCCCGGAGGGGUCCAGAUCCUUCCUCCGCCUCACAUCACACUCAUUCUUGGGGAGGCGAUGUGGAUUCGGGGGACGUCCCUGGAGGGGUCCAGAUCCUUCCUCCGCCUCACGCAGGGGUUGUUUUAUAAUUAUUGUAUUAUCAUUCCACCGAUGCACACAAUACAGGACAAAGUGAUUUGUACGAUCCACAACGAUGUAAAGAACAAUAAAAAGAGAUAUUAGAA